CAAGCUUCGCUCGGUGCCGCCGGUGCCUGGGCGAGUCCUAGGCAGGCUGGUUUCGGCUGCGUCCUGGCACUCCAACUACCCUUGAAUCUGCUGUAUUUGUCUGCACAGUCUCAGUCGAACAUGUUCUCCAGGGCCCAAGUGAGGCGAGUUCUGCAGAGGGUGCCCGGGAAGCAGCGGUUUGGCGUUUACAGGUUCCUGCCCUUCUUUUUUGUCCUGGGAGGAACUAUGGAGUGGAUCAUGAUUAAAGUGCGCGUGGGCCAGGAGACUUUCUAUGAUGUCUACCGUAGAAAAGCCUCAGAAAGGCAGCAUCAGAUAAAGCUGGAAGAUGCACCAGAAGCUGAACUGCAGCAGUCAAUAAAGUGAAUGUGAAUUUUA